AUGACCGAAGCAAUCGAAACCGUUCCCGAAAAAGACUGCGAGACCAUCUUGAGCGAACUCGCCCAACUCAAACUCAACGGCAACGAGUAUCUCCGCAUCAACAACGGACAAAUGGCCGGCGAAACUUACGCGCAAGCCAUCGUAACAAUGAGAAAGCUAAUUGCAAGUCCUCGCGGGAAAGAACUUCGUCAAACAGGAGGUCUAGAAUUCAUCAACAAGCUCACCGAUCUAUGCUGGGUGCUUCAUUCCAACAUGGCCCAAGCAUGUAUGCAAGCCAUCCGCGAGAACACCCACGAUCGUGCGAUCGUCAAUGGGAUGUCCGACAUGUUGUUCCGGACUAUCGACCAAGCUAUGCAGAUAGAGCAGAUUUUAAGGAUAUGGACGGUACGUGGGAAUCUACUGAUGCGCAACUUUCCAAGAUUUUGUAUCGAAAAACGGUGGGGUGUAGGCUUGUUGGGAGUAGAGAGCGCCUUGAGGAGGGGGCUCGUGCUAUUAAUAUGGCGAUGCAGUUGACGCCGAAUGAUGUGGCUAUUGAGAGGGAGGCAAGAAAUAUUGCCGAGUUAAGAAUGUCUCUUUAA